CACAAGCGACGCAUAAGGAACUGUCUUUGGAAUUGUGUAUGACAAAAAAGAUAUCUUAUCAUUGUAAAGUUACACUUUUAAUCUUUAAAUUAAUAUCAACAUGAUAGAAGAUAAAAAAUGACUAUUUAUGAAAAAAUACUCAUAAAAAAGUACUAUUAGAGUAAUAUUUGAUAAUAAAAACUAAAUAGGAAGAACCAUGGAAAUUUUUUAUAAAUUGGGUGAGUGCCAAAAUUUAAUUAGGGGACGAACUCCAUAGGCAUUAUCUGGUUCAUCCGCAGCUAUCUGUCUCGACCAGUGAAGGGGAAGAAGAGCAAGAAAUAUGGACGAUUAUACCAGAGAAAUGAUGGACCUCAAAACCCUCGUUACUCGAACCCUAGAAAAGAAAGGCGUCCUAGCUAAGAUCCGGGCUGAGCUCAGAGCAAGUGUGUUUGAGGCUAUCGAGGAGGAGGAUAGAGUGAUUGAAAAGGAAGAGGGAUUGCCUCCUGCUCUAUUGGGUAGUUGCAAUGAUCGUGCUAAGCAACUUCACAAUUCACCUUCAGGGAGGCUACUAACUGCACUCAUAUGUGAAUAUUUGGACUGGGCACAGCUAAACCAUACAUCAAAAGUUUACUUGCCCGAGUGUAAUUUGCCAAAGGAUUUCUGGAAAUCUGAGUUAAAAGAAUUCAGUAAUAAGAACGGGUAUGAUGCUAAUCGGAAUGGAGACAGCGGUCCUCUGCUUUUGGAUGUCCUUGAAGGAUUCUUGAAGUAUGAGAAUUUAUCUCAAGCAAGGAGUGGUGGAAGGAGACUACCCACACUAGAUGGCGAAGCAUUGCCCAGUUUAGAAACACGGAAUGUUAGGAGGCCUUCAUCUAUUGCCGGGGGCCUACCUCCAUUGGGAAGGCCAGUUCCUUCUUCUCAAGCAUCUGACAGGAGAGCAGGGUCAUCAUCAAUGUCGGGUUACAGCAGGAAAGAUGAAUACAAUUGGAGAUAUGAUAGUGAUGAGGAUACAGAAGACGUCAUGCGUGCAUCAGCUGCCUUAGAAAACCUUCAACUAGAUAGAAAAGCUCGGAAUCUCACCAGUUCUUGGCGGCAUGCGGGGAAUGGUGUUUCGGAGUCUGAUGGCAGGAUGGAUUAGAAGAGAAGCCCCCCUCCCAGCUAAAACGGCUUUCAUAUCGCAGUCUUUCCUCGAUUCCUCAUUAUACUAAUU